GAAAACUUUGAUAUCUAUGUUAACUAAAAUACGUGCAUUUAUGAGUUAACCUAACUUCUUGAAGAAAAAUAUUGAAAUCUUAUUUAAAAAAUGGAUAUAUUUGUAUUGAUGCUUUGUGUAAUUGUUAUCAUAACAUUAAUAAUUGCAUUAACUAUAUUUCUUCGUCGAAAUCAAGGAGUAAAUAAAGAAAGACCUAAUAAUGUUCAGGAUCAAGUUGGAGAACGUCGUCAAGUGAGACGAGUAGUUGGUAACAGAAAUGUACGUCAUCGUGUACAUGCUGUAGUAAAUAAUCAAAUAAAUGCAAAUGAGAAUAGACAAAUGGAAAAUAAUGAAGUAGAAGUAGAUACACCAGCGGCAGAUGUAUCCGAUGGUAAAUUUGGUGCUAAGAAACGUGCCAAGUUAGCAGCCAAAGCUGAAAAGAAAGCUCAAAGGGAGAUAAUUAAACACGAACAAGAAAAACGUAAGGAAGAGGAAGAGAAACGACAAAAGGAAAGAGAUAAGCAACGUGAAGAAGAACAAAAUGAGGAAAAACGUCAAGAGGAAGAAGCUAGGAAACUUAGAGAAUUAAAGGAAAAACAGGAACAAGAAGAAUAUUUAAAAAUGAAAGAAAUGUUUAGCGUUGAGGAGGAAGGUUUUCAAGAGGAUCAGAAUAUUUUGUUGGACGAUGUCAUGGAAUAUGUUAAAUUAAAAAAAGUAGUUUAUCUGGAUGACGUAGCUGCUCAUUUUUCUUUAAAAACAGCAUUCGUAGUAGAUAAGAUCUUAGAAUGGCAAAAAUCAGGUGAAUUAACUGGAGUUAUAGACGAUCAAGGAAAAUUCAUUUACAUUACGGAGAGCGAACUUGAUGCUGUUGUUAAAUUUAUUAAACAACGUGGUAGAGUUAGUAUUUCAGAACUUUCUGAACGUUCGAAUACGUUAAUUAAUAUAGGUUCGAGUUAAACUAUAUAUGUAUGUAAUAACUUUUCUAGAGAUUUUUCUAAUUAAUUAAAUGAUCACAAAUAUUACAAAGAUAAGGUUAAGGAGACACGUCACCUUCGAGUGUAAAAAAAAGCGGUUUUUUUGUGAAUUUUUUUUGCAGCCAAUUUUAUUAAUAUCAAUACAAAUUUUUGUUAUAUGUAAGUUAUAUAUCUGAACUAUAUACACAAUUUUUUUUGUGUAAAAAUAUUGUAAAUUGUGUUGUCUGUGGCCACUUUUCUAAUAGUCCAAAUAAAAAAAGGUGAUUUUCGGUGGCCCUCACUGGCAAAAAUUGGUUCAUCAUAAACAAAAAAACUGAGUGUUAUCCUUUAGUAGAGAUGUUGGCGCAGGGAAUGAACGAAAGAAAAUUUUGAUUUUUUAAUUUUUCUCAAAAUAGUCGACUUUUUGCGAAAAAAAAUUGACAUUUUUGCAGAAAUAUCGACGAGUUUUUGAAGAAAAAAAAAAAUAAAUUGGCAUUUUGUCGAAAAAUCCUUUCGUUCAUUCUCUAGAUACGUGUAUCUAGUAUUACUGUACAACAUUUGGUAAGGAUCGGAUAAAUGGUCUGGACGCAGCGAGGGCCACCGUUUUAAAAACGCGAAUAGGAGAAAUUAACGUUUAAACUACUACAGUUUCGUAAAUAAUGCGCGGAUCUUUACCAAAAUUUGAAGAAAUAUUUUUGAAAUAAUAUUCUUUCAGAAAAUCGAAAAAAAAAUCGAUUUUUGUGUUGACGUGUCCCCUUAAUGGAGGAAUGUAAAUUACAUGAUGCAAUUUUUGUUAUAA